CAGCGAAGCGCGAGUGCGAGCGGGCAGCAGGGAAGCGAAAGAAAAAUGAGAAGUGAGCGGGCAGCCACAGAAGAAAGAGAAAAGAAAAAUGAGAAGUGAGCGGGCAGCCAGAGAAAAAGAGAAGCGACCGGGCGUCUUCCCUGUGACCCUCGUCCCCUCUUGCCGUCGCCGGCUCCUCUCCUCUCCCCGCGCCUCGUCCGCCUCCUCUCCUCCCUCUUCCCUGUCUCCUCACCCGCACCGCCAACUCCUUCUCUCUCCUUGCCCCAGCCGUCUCUCUCCUCCCGCGCGCCGUCAGCUCCGAAUCUGGAGGAAGAGGAGAGAUGCUGGAUUUGGAGGAAGAGGAGAGAUGCGGGAUCUGGAGGAGGAAGAGGAGAUCCGGGCGUCCCGGCGGUGGCUCGACCAAUGCAAGCUGACCUCCUCAUCUCCGACGCGGCCUCUAACCACAUUCUCGACGACGACGCGUUGCUCAUCCCCGCCGGCUUCGAUCUCGUUAUCACGCGUGCCCAUCAAGUUCGUGGACGGCCGCGGGGACGCAUCGGCUCCUUGUGAGGACAAAGCUGAGGACCAGCAUGGUUGUGGGCGCAGUGACCGAGGCGAUGGCAUUGCGUCAUUUUUGCCUCCAUUUCAUUAUUUUUAUGAUCCAGAUAAGGCUGUUCGUCCUGGUUUGGAGGCAGAUGGUGCCAAGGUAGCUCAAAGUUCCGAGAAAAGGUGGUUGCGAAUCUCAGGCUUUGCAUGUCCGUCUAUGACAUCCUUGCCGUCAAAGGCAGAUUCAUCUUUCUAGUAUAGGGCUGCUCGACGUAUAAAGUAAUUUGUGCCAUCAUCUCUGCCAUCCAUUUAUCUUUGCUAAGGAAUGUGAGAUGUUACUACUUACUAAUUUUGUAUGUUGUUUAGUAUUCCACUGGUUGCAUGGUGGAUGUUUUUUGCUGUUAGUUUCUUUAUAUGCUAGCGAAGCUCGAGUUCAAUAGUUCUUGUCAUUACGUAUUUGUUAUUCACCCCCGUACUGAAUUUCUUUAAAAUACAUUGGUUCCGGUCUUGACUAUGGGCUGUUUUGCCAUGCUUACAUCAGAGCUCAAAAGUAGAUGUCAUCAACAAGUAGGUGAUACCUGUCUGUCCGAUUUAGCAUUUUCGAAUUGCUCACAACAUUUCUUUCAGCAUGUCAAUGAAAAUGGCACCUUCCCGUUCUGA